AUGGAAAGUUAUGACCGACCUGACCCAGAGGAGGUGCGAAGAGUCUACCGACGCUCCUGGCACUUCACCCUCGUUGCUGUCCUUUCCUUCCUCACAAUGGGUGGCCUCAUUAUUCCUGGCGUCUUCUACAUCUUCAAUUUUCUUGACAUAACCUCUUUCACAAUUUGGAUUUAUGCGGUGCUGUUUGCACUAAUCGUCUCUGCUGCGGUGACUUUAUUCAUGCCACUCGUUUGGGAGGCAAUUCACUUGUACCGCCUGCGACAGACUCGAACACGACUUCAAGUCAAACAGCACACGGUUCCCCAGCCAUCAGAAGUUGUGGUAGGAGUCAAAUAA